AUGGGUCCCCGUGUAAAAGGGACAAUCGAGAGGUACAAGAAGGCAAUAGGGGAUAAUACUAACACCGGAACCGUGGCAGAAAUUAACGCACAGUAUUACCAACAAGAAUCGGCCAAAUUGCGUCAACAAAUUAUCAGCAUACAAAACUCGAAUAGGCAAUUGAUGGGUGAGACAAUAGGGUCAAUAUCUCCCAAAGAGCUUAGGAAUUUGGAACGCAGGUUAGACAGAAGUAUUAAUCGAAUCCGAUCCAAGAAGAAUGAACUCUUAUUCGCUGAAAUUGACUACAUGCAGAAGCGAGAAGUUGACUUGCAUAGUGAGAACCAGCUUCUUCGUGCUAAGAUAGCUGAAAAUGAGAGGAACAAUCCAAGUAUGAAUCUUAUGCCAGGAGGAUACGAACAGACUGUGCAGCCGCUUCAAACGCAAUCUCAACCGUUUGACUCACGGAACUAUUUCCAAGUCGCUGCAUUGCAACCUAACAAUCACCAUUACUCAUCCACAGGUCGCCAAGACCAAACCGCACUUCAGUUAGUGUAA